GAGCGAGAGAGAGGCCUCGUUGCCCAGCCGAGUCGCUUGGCCGCGCACCAUGGGACCGGGCGGCGCGGGUGCGACGCCCAGGCCAUGGCUGUGACGCUGUACCCCUUCAACCCGGACAGCCGGGGCUAUGAGGACCUGGAAUCCUUGCUCCGCGGGAACUUCGACACAGGUGCCCUGCAUGUGGAGCUGGGUACGCAGCCGCUCCCGCCCAAGCCGCAGGUGGUUUGGGAUGUGCAGACAGGACACCGACGGCGACAACCGGCGCCGGAGCCAAAGGCGCCCCCCGAGCCGCCGGAGGAGCCGGAAGAGCCGCCCCCGGAGCCGCUGGGCAGAGUGGGGCCCCCAGGCUACAGGCCCAAAGGCG